AUGUCAGAAGAUCACUGGGGUAUAUUUCUUGCUAACACCGAAGACAAACAUGCCAAGAGAAAGCCCAAAAAGAAGAAGCGCUAUGCAGAAGAAAACACUGCCUCGGCCUUCGGUAGCAGAACCAUCUAUGAGGGAAGUGAAGCAGACAAGGAGGAGGUCCCCACGAAGGUGAAGGACAAGCAAAGGAAGAAAAGGAAGAAGGAUCCGGACAUGCCCGAGAAGAUCCCAAUCUGGUUCGGGGAACAGCAGGAGGACGAAGACAUGCACGACAUCGCUCCUCCACCCGAAGCAUCAGCCCUCGGCGGCCAAACCGUCAAUGUCGGAAGUGAAGCAGCCGAGGAGGUCCUCACGAAGGUGGACAAGAAAAGGAAGAAGAAGAAGAAGAAGAAGGAUCUUGACAAGUUCGAGGAGAUCCCCACCAGGCUCGGGGAAGAACAGGAUUUGCACGAUGAUGCUCCUCCAGCCGAGGCCUCGGCCCUCGGUGGCCAAACCGUCGAUGUCGGAAGUGAAGCAGCCGUUAAGGUCCUCACGAAGGUGGAAAAGAAAAGGAAGAAGAAGAAGAAGGAUCUGGUAAUGAUGGAGGAGAUCCGCACCUGGCUCGGGGAAGAACAGGAUAUGCACGACGAUGCUCCUCCAGCCGAGGCCUCGGCCCUCGGCGGCCAAACCGUCGAUGGUGAGUUGAUUUAUAGUUAA